CAUUUAUCGAAUCUCCCUUUUGGUUCAUGGAUGGCAGGAUCGAUUCUACCGACGUCGAAGGUGAUCCUCAGUUCCCUCGACGGUUUCGGCAUCUGUAUGAUAGACUACGUGCAGCAACCGGCUUUGGUGCAGCAUGCUUGAAAUCAUUGGUCAUAUCGGAGUCCAAUGCGAACGGCCCCUUCGUCGGCGUGCCUCAUGACACGGAACUUGCCCGGAGCAAUUUUGCCCGCCGUAAGACAUUAAUAACUGCUUUUAGAGAUGAACUUCUUGGGCGCAGGGUCUUCCAACUUCUUCUUCGCCCCUUGGAAGAUGAGGCUGUGAUAGCAGAACGCAACGACGCGCUUCAGGACCUCCUUGAACAAGCAGUUAAGACAGUCCUCUACACCGAGGGUGGGAUCUACGGCAACUCUGUGAUAACUCGCCUACCCGAGCUGCCGGUCUUUGACUACGAGGAUGACCGCAUGACCUCGCACUAUUAUCACUUCAUCAACGAUCGCCGCAUUCGAGGCUUUGCACCUGCCCAGGGGGGUUGCAGCCUCAUUGUUGCUCGCCCGGGACUCGCCUAUGCCGACAUGCAAUCGUUUGGUCAAUUUGCGAAGCGCUCGCCUUACCAAAUGUUCCCGGCGGAAGUGGUGGGCGAGAUAAUCCCGGAGAAGACCUGUACCAAGUCCAAGGCGAUGUCCCGAAAGACGAAGUCCAGCAAGACGACGAAGUCCAGAAAUAAGAAGGCAAAAACGGAUUCCAAACCCGAUUCCAAGUCUGUGGUCUCCGAGACCCCCUCUGAGUCUCAGGUAUCCAACGCACCCGAUGCCGACAACGACUCCAAGGAAAAAAGAGAGGAGAAGCAGAAGAUCCCCACUCUGGAGCAUCUGACGCCGCGGCUAAGGAAGACCUUCUGGCGGGACUGAAUGAUAUACAUUGGCUGUUGGUCUUCCACUCAUCCAAUCCAUCCGUAACAAGAGCCAGCUCUCCAUGUGUCUGAUUUCUGGUUUUUUCUUUCUUUCUUUUUUUCGGGUAUUGUGUAGGUUUUGGUUUCCAAUUACUAUUGUAUCGCCGCUCCUCGUGAUUGUUAUGUGAUAAUUUUAAUUUACUCAUUACCGAGAGCUGCUCAUUUUAAGCUUAGGGGCCGUUCGUGUAUCUGUGUGUCUGUGUAUGUGUGUCUGUGUGCAGAUGUACUUUUGGUAUUGUUGUACUAUUUGC